AACGAAGCUACCCGAUCUUACAGGCAGCGGGAGAGAGAUGACGGAGGCGGCGGCAGCGCCGAUCGGCCUGUCGUGGGCGCCCAAGGUCCCCUCCCUGCCGGCGGCCUGCAGCAGCAAGGGCGCGGCGCCGGCCUCGAGCAUCGACGCGCAGGGGAGCCUCUGGAAGCCCCGCAACGAGCUCGUGGGCGGGCUCUUCGUGCCGCCCAGGGACCCGAGGAAGGUCAACAAGAUGGCCAGGAAGAACGUCAAGGACACCACCGGCAAGGGCUGGUUCGACAUGCCUGCGCCCACCAUCACGCCCGAGCUCAAGAAAGACCUGGAGAUUUUGCAGCUGAGGCAUGUACUGGACCCUAAAAGGCAUUUCAAGAGAUCUGGUAAAUCCAAGGCCCUACCCAAGUAUUUCCAAGUGGGAACAGUUAUUGCGCCUGCGUCUGAGUUCUACUCAGGUAGGCUCACAAAGAGUGAUCAGAAGACAAACUUGGUCGAUGAGAUAUUAUCUGACCCAAAACUGAAGAACUACAGGAUGCGCAAGGUAAGGGAAAUUCAGGAGACCCGGACGCCAGGAGGCAACCAGAAGUGGAAGAACAAGGGCAGGCAAACAUUUAAAAGGGCCAAGGAUAGGCGGAAAUGAGAUAGGUGUGGUCUGUCGUCCCUGUUCUGCACCAAUGAAGAACUGGGGAAUGGUGCCAUUCAUAUUUCUGCUACUAGUGCUUUCCUCAGUUUUGCGUUGUAGCUGUGACUCCAGUGUGAUGUGGUGAUCUCUUUGUAAUAGAAGACAGCAUUUCCAUUCCUAUAUGUAAGCAGGUGCUGAACGUGAGAACCGUUUCUUCGCUCAUUUUCUAGUAACAAGAUCUGAGUUUGCGAAUUUUGGGAGAUUAUCCAAGCAUAUUUCCUGAA